AUGGCACCUGCCGCAGUCCGUGGACACCCAUGUAAAUGGCGUUUAAUCUGUUACUCAUGUAGUGUCCGUGCAGUAUUGGAAGGCCGAGCCGUGCAACAUGAAAGAGGACCUCGUAAGCCGAAGCUCCACGCUGGUUCGUUGGGCUCGCUGCCUCCUCCAGGAAUGUCGCACGCGCACAAACCUCACCCGUUAAAAUUAUCACCGCCUUCACCUUACACGUCAUUGCCACAGCCUUUUAAUUUUCAGUUUAGUAUAACCAAUAUCAGCGAAUCCGCACCACUAAGCACUGCGUCUUCAGGCGGUUCGAGUGGAGCGGGCGGUGCAGGCGCUGUCAGCCCUCUGCCCCUCAUUACAGACCCUUUCUUGGCCCCGCCACCACCAGGGCUCCUACAUAUGCUCAUGUCCAGUGAUAAAUGUCAGGAACUAAUGUGGAGCGCCAAGCAACUCCAACUACAAGGAGAUCCAAGCCUCUUGCGGCCGCCGCACACCGCUUUCGGCGCACCUCUCGCGCCUACGUGGGAACUACUGCAGGAAACAAGUGCCCGACUGCUGUUCAUGGCUGUGCGUUGGGUGCGUUGCCUGGCUCCGUUCCAGGCGUUGGGUACCUCUGAUCAGCUAGUACUAUUAAGGGCUGCAUGGAAGGACCUAUUCUUGCUUCAUCUGGCGCAGUGGUCUGCACCCUGGGACCUUGCUCCUCUACUGUCAGCACCCGCUGCUCGAGCAAGACUUCCGCCCGAACCACUCGCUGAUUUAGAACUGAAUACUCUACAGGAAAUAUUAUGUCGCUUUCGACAGAUUGCCCCCGACGGUAGCGAAUGUGGAUGUAUGAAGGCAAUAGUUUUAUUUUCCCCUGACACUGCAGGGCUAAGUGAGACUCAGCCGGUAGAAAUGCUUCAGGAUCAAGCCCAGUGCAUUCUCGCAGACUAUGUUCGGACGAGGUAUACUCGACAGCCUACUAGGUUUGGCCGUCUGCUACUUCUAUUACCGUCCCUCCGAGCGGUGCGUCCACGAUCUAUCGAAUUACUACUAUUUCGAGAAACUGUUGGCGACGUAUCAGUUGCAACACUACUCCACGAUAUGUACCGCAUGCAACCCGCACCUCACCCGGCCUUUGCUACUGUCACCAACACAGAACACUCUUCCUCGCCAUGA